AUGCUGGAAGAAGACACUGAUGAUACACAGGAAUUAUUAGCCACCAAUGCUGCUUCUGGUUAUUCCACUGGGACUGGUGCCCCUAGGUUUGAGGCAUUAUCAACAUUAUCACAAUCUCAACAAGAAAAAUCAUCAACCAAGUACAAAAAAUUUUCAGAAUUUAUAAAAAUCAAUGUACUAGGACAUCCUAAUAAUUUUGAAGAAUAUGUACUUCGUAAUGAAGCAAAUGACUGUUCCUUGAUAGCAAAAUACUGUGAAACUACUACGAUUGAUUUAUCCACUCAACCAGCUUUAUCAAUCGACUCCAUAUCUUUGAAUACCAUUCACAUCCCACACCCUUUGGUAAAUUUUAUGAAAAAUGAGGCUAACCAGCAGUUAUCACCCGAUGACCAAGUGGAUGUCAGCAAAGAAUUGCAAGAAUCGCCUAUUGUUGUCUUUUUGCAUGGAUUAGGAGGACAAAUGUCACAAUUUGAACCGUUGAUGGGUUUACUAUCCCAAUGUCUGGAAAUUUUGUCUUUGGACUUACCUGGAUUUGGAAACUCAAAGGUGAAGUUUGAAAAUGGCUUUAAGUUCAUAUCGGAGAUUUCUGAUGCUGAUAAAUCAAAAAUUUCUUCAAGUAUUCAAAGAAUGAAUUGGGAGGAUUUUUCAACUGACAAUAUAGUUAGAAUAGUGUAUGAAUUUAUUAGCCAAAAUGUCCCUCUGAGCAAAAAGAUUUUGUUGAUAGGACAUUCAAUGGGAACUCAUAUCUCGAUCAAACUUGCCAAAAAAUUACCCCAAUCAAAAGUGGAAGGAUUAAUUUUGUUGUCACCACCAGCAUUGGUCGAUGACAUUAACACGAACCAACAAAGUACAAAAAAUACUCAUAAUCUGCUAAGCCUAUUUACAAUGUUUACAUAUUUCCCUUGGUUAUUCAAUUCUUUCAGAACAUGGGAUAGAUUGGAGGGGUUAGAUAGUUCCAGUGUUGUUAGACAAUUAUCAAAAACAAAUAAUUCAAUUUAUAAUAAGCUAAGACAGUUCAGAUGGAAUUUGGAUGUCAACUCAGAUAUUGUAUUGAAGUAUGCCAGUGGGUUUCAAAGGGCAACUUACUCAGAUUUAAUAGCAGCAAUUAGUCGGUUCAAUGACAAUCCCGAAGACAAACAAGUAUAUGAAAAAACCGUUUUCAUUUGCGGGAACAAUGACCAAAUGACUCCAGUUUCGACAAUAUAUAAAUGUGACGAGUUUUUGACUUCCAAUUUUGGCAGAAAAGUGUCGUCAGCCAUUGAAGUCAAGGGCGUUGGUCAUUCAUUAUUGUUACUGAAACCUGAAUUUAUCAGUGGAAUAAUCCUAAAUCAUAUAGAACUGAAGUUCCCGGAACGUUUACAUUUAUCUCCUGCAUGGGUAUUGAAAAUCAAAGCAAAAGUAUCAGGUGAUAAAUGGGGGUUGAAAAAUGAACAAAAAUGGCUGAAUAUACAAUCUGUGUCAUAUAAUAUCACCAGAAACGGAGGCAAAGAUAUUGCGCCCUUAUUGGGAAUGAAGACUUUAAGAGAAAGCGAUUCGAUCCAUUCGCCAUCUAUUCUAGAAAAACAAUUUUAUGACGACCAUUUAUCAAAUCAAGUGCAGGGGAAUUUGAUUGCCAUAAUUGACAUUUCUGCAGAUAUCCCCCCUUAUAGCCCGAAAUCAUUUGAAAAAAUAAAAUAUUACAAAUGUGCUACUGUGUCAAAAGUAGUUCCAGAUCAAAGUGCGAUUCGAAGAUUUAUACAACUUGUUAAUGAUAUUUUACAUGAGAACACAGUAGCAAAGCCAUUGAUUGCUGUUCAUUGCCAUUAUGGGUUCAAUAGAACCGGAUUUUUAAUCUGUUGUUAUUUAAUUGAGGUAUUGGGGUGGUCAGUUGAAGAAGCCGUUGAAGGGUUCAAGAUUGCAAAACAACCUGGUAUCAAACAUCCGCAUUUCAUCGAUGCAUUGUAUGUUAGAUAUGAGAAAUAA